AAUUUGUCAUCGUUAGCCGUAUGAGCCUCGCGGGCCCAUAAUAGGUUCCACAGGAAAACACGCACCUUCCGCAUGUCUUGUAUGUAUCAGCACCAUCAUCAAUAUCAGCGACCCGUCCCUCCUGAACUAGAAUCAAUCAGCAGGUCCAUUUGCCGUAUUACAGUGGACCAGCAUGGACCUAUAUGAUACUUUACAGGCUGAAUUCUGCCCCCAAAUUGAUACCUCCCUCCUGGCAGCUAUCAUUUCAGACCAUGUGCAAGAAGAGGAUGACUUCACCCUCUCCCCCGAUCAGGUCGAGAUUGUACGAGAGAUAUUGAAGGCUCUCGUGAAUCAGGGGCAGGAGGAUGAGCUAGAUGAAAUUAUGUCCGCUACGUCUCUUACUACUCCAGACCUGUGCGACAGUACAACGACCACAAGCGCAGGUUCAGAAAUAUCGUCAUCCCAGCACUCAUUUAGCUCACCACUCGGCUUCUUGCAAGAGGCUUUCUCGGAUGUGCCCAUGGAACGGCUCAGACUGCUACUCAGAGAAGGGUGUGGAGGAGCCCUGGAGGGAGAAGGAGAUGUCGACAUGGAAAGAGUGGUUGAGCAUAUCUUGAACAUGGAGCACAUACGCGACCUUGAGGAGCGCGGAAUCGAACGCACUCCUUCACCCUUUGCUGGGGACUGGGAAACCGUCGCACAUACGAAGCCGAAAUCAAUACCUAAACUCGCCACGCCCACAAAAAAGAAGGCCAAGGGGCGCACGAUCAAGAUUGUGGAUGUGAGGCAGACGCAGCAUGCACCCCCUUCACCGACGCAGACGAAAGGGAUACAGAAGGAUGGGGUAACUAUGGGUGCGGGUGUAGACAUAUGGAUGCAAGUCUCUUCACUUUCUACCCAUCUUGCUGCACUACUUCCUCCAACCCCACCAUCACACUUUGCCUCCUUUUUCCAUUCCCCGACGCACGCCACGUCCGCGCACGCCCUCCGCGCUGCUCUUACAGCCCUGCCCUCCACCUCUACCAGCAUCAAAUCCAAACCCAAGCAAAAAUCCCCUAUCAAGCAAUCUAAUCAAGGUGCAGAAACCAACACGCUCUUCGCACUCCUCGAGCUCCUCGAGGCCUCGCCCACUUUUGCCACUCUUGAUGCAGAACAACGUAACACACUAUACGCAGACGCCCGCCUCGCGCUCUCUGCCGCACAGAACAGACCGGGUGAUGCUCUAGACCUCGUGUGGAUCCUUCGUGAUCUCGAGCACCCCGAAUGCCAAGCAGGAAUAUACCACCUCCCGUCACCGCUUUCUGGCCCAAAUUCGAACACCACUUCCGCUGCGCGUACAAAAUUGCCAACAGGUCCCCCGCUCGUACAGCCUCCACCGACGUCCAAGCGGAAAUUUGCAUCUUCUCCAUCCAGCCCCACCACUCCCGCACAGCCACAAUCCCCAGAGGUGUGGCAAACCGUUCCGGUCCAAACUUCCUUGACCACACAACCCUUGGAGGACCGCAACCCAACGAACAAGCGCAAACUCCGUGGUGCGGGCAAUGGACUCGGCAAGGGCGGCAAGGGGGACGUCGGGGAGCUUCCCCGGAAAGGGACGGGAGGGAACGUUACUGGGUCGCGGCACGCUUCACGCGGGAUGCUUGAGGCGCGCAAACAGCGUGGUGAGCUGCUGCGUGAGGCAGGCCGGGCGUGGCGAAGGCCAUGGGGCGGGGAGGUGGCGCUAUACUAUGCGCAGAAGGCAAGAGAGGUUACGGAGAAGGCACGAGAGGAAGCGUUGGAUGAUGCAAGGGCGCUAGUUGAGGCGAAGAGAUACGCUUCCCAUGAUACAAGAACUGUCGACCUCCAUGGGACGUGCGUUCAAGAGGCGAUAGUGAUUACCAGUGAGAUAUUGGAGAAGGAGGGAUGUUCACCAGCAUCGCCUCUUCGCCUCAUCACUGGCCGAGGUACCCACUCCGCAGGAGGCGUGGGCGUAUUGAAGCCCGCGGUGCAUCGUGCGCUCGUGGCCGAGGGGUGGGAUGUAAGGAUGUGGGACGGUGGUUUGGUCGUUCGGGGAAGGGAGUGGUGGGCUGUGCCUUGAACUUGAUUUAUACGCGACGAGUGGAUCGGUGUUUGUGCGUCUUUUCUUGGAGCCUCUUGGAUUUAUUAUAUCUUUCGUUCAUGUAUGUUGUAUAUCCUUGUUCAUCUAU